AGUCGCCAUGGCAUGUUAGCUAGCGAGAGGGGAUAAAGUAGCAAGUUAAGCGUGGGUGUUGCAUUAAGUUUAACGGAUUUAAAUCCCUUCUAACCUUUGGGGCUGGUUCUUUAGGACGCUGCGAAAUAAUAGACUCGCCCUGCCCGCGUCUCAAUCACAAAACAUAACGAGAAUCGAGGAAUCGUGCGGCACGUUUGUGGCCUGCAAAGACGCAUGCUAGCGAAGCUAAGCUAGCCACCGCUAACGCAGCUGUUCGGCUAACGGCGCGUCUAGCACCAGAGCCUAGCCAAGGACCACAGAAGUGGCUAGUUUCACCAGCUAAUGUCGGCUAUCGUUUCGGAAAGAUAAGCAGCAGCUAGCACUAACUCUGGCCGUGGUGGAGGGAAAGUUCGGCUGGAUUUAAAAUGAUCAUUGAAAACCUUGAUGCCUUGAAAACAUGGCUGUCCGAAACCCUCGAGCCCAUCUGUGAUGCAGACCCUUCUGCCCUCGCCAAGUACGUUGUCGCUUUGGUGAAGAAAGACAAAAGUGAAAAGGAACUUAAAGCGCUGUGUAUAGACCAGUUGGAUGUAUUUCUUCAGAAAGAGACCCAGCCAUUUGUGGAUAAGCUGUUUGAAGCCAUUAACAACAAAAACUACCUCCCGCACACAGAGCAGCCACCCCCUCUGAUCAAAGUGGACAAAGAUGAGCAGAAAAAAGACGAGACAAACCGGGAAGACGAACGGGAGAAGAAGUUCCCACGCAGAGUGAAUCACAGCCCACCCCAGUCAAGCUCUCGCUACAGCAGAGACACCAGGAGAGGAGACGAUCGUAAGCGAGACGACCGCUCCAGGAAGAGGGAGUAUGACCGCCUCCCGCCCAGGAGAGACUCGUACCGCGACAGAUACAAUCGCAGGAGAGGACGCAGUUACAGUCGCAGCCGCAGUCGGAGCUGGAGUAAGGACCGCGUCCGAGACCGCGACAGAGAGAGGGACCGGGACAGAGACAGAGAAAGAGAUCGGGACCGAGACCGCAGCCGGAGCCGAUCACACAGCAGGAGUCGCACAAGAAGCAGGAGUAGAGAACGAGAUUCUGGGAAGCUGAAGUUUGAUCAUGAGCGAGUGGAGCGGCCAGAGAGCGGGGAGAGCUACACCCCGGCCCCCCUGGUCUCCUCUGCCACCACGUCACACUUCCCCGUGCCAACGCUGAGCAGCACCAUCACCGUCAUCGCCCCCACGCACCAUCACAGCAACAACACCACCGAGAGCUGGUCAGACUUCCGGCCCGGGCCCCCCGUGGACCGGGGCCUGUUCAGAGGACCGCCCCCCCAACAGAGGAAGAGAUGCCGCGACUACGAUGAAAAGGGCUUCUGCAUGAGAGGGGACAUGUGUCCCUUUGACCAUGGAAGUGACCCAGUGGUGGUGGAGGAUGUGAAUCUGCCCAACAUGCUGCCCUUCCAGCCUCCACCUCUCCCAGGUGUGGACGCACCUCCACCCCCCGGCCUCCCACCGCCCCCGCCCCUCAUGAACCCCCCACCUGUCAACCUGCGGCCCCCUGUGCCCCCACCAGGGGCUCUUCCACCCAGCCUCCCACCUGUUGCAGGUCCUCCUCCUCCGCUCCCUCCUCUGCAGCCGUCAGGUAUGGAUGCUCCUCCUAACUCCAUGACCAGCUCUGUUCCCACCAUCGUCACCUCCGGGAUGCGCUCCUCUCUUCCCCAGGCCUCGGUGCCACGCUUCCCACCAGAUAACUAUGAGUCAGACGUGUACAACCCUGAGGCUCCCAGCAUCACCAACACCUCCCGGCCCAUGUACCGCCACCGGGUAAACGCCCAGAGACGCAACCUGAUUGGCCUCACCAUGGGGGAGGUGGACCAUCCACCCAGAGACAAGAUCCCAAACAACAGCAUGAGGAUCGUCAUGGAGUCUGAUUCCAGGAAGAGACCUCCUGUUCCUCAUGAAGGAGGCCUCCCCACCAAGAAACCCUGGUUUGAUAAUUUCUCUUCUCUGCUCAGACCCAACUUCAACAAGCCCAACCACCAGGGCUUCCACAAAAGAGUCCCAUUCUCUCCCAACGCCAAGCUGCUGGUUCGGCAGAUUCCUCCAGAGCUCAACAACAUCAGCAAACUCAAUGAACAUUUCAGCAAGUUUGGCACCAUUGUCAACCUCCAGGUGGCCUUCCAGAAUGACCCGGAGGGGGCACUGAUCCAGUUUGCCUCACCAGACGAGGCCAAGCGGGCGAUGCAGAGCACCGAGGCUGUUCUCAACAACCGCUUCAUCAGGGUGCACUGGUUCCGUGAGGAUGGCAGCGAUGCAGCCGGACAGAUUCACUCUCAGUCACAGCAGCAGCAGCAGCAGGCACAGCCAGCCAUGCAGCCCUCAGCCACGUCUCUGAAGCAGUCUGUCAAAGACCGCCUCGGACCCCUGCUCACUGCAAACUCUGAGCCCUCACAAGAGUCCGUUGUAGCCUCUCAGCAGAAUCCCUCCAAGCUGUCAGUGAAGGACCGUUUGGGUUUCUCUGCCAAACCAGCAGCUCCUGUUGAAAAAGUGUUUUCUACGUCCAUGGGCCUCACUAAGACUGUCUACAACCCUGCUGCCCUGAAGGCAGCACAGAAAACCUCCGAAGAAGCCUUGAAGAAGAAACAGGAAGCUCUACGACUACAGCAGGACGUGAGGAAGAAGAAGCAAGAAAUAUUGGAGAAGCACAUUGAAACACAGAAGCUCCUCAUAUCCAAACUGGAGAAGAACAAAGCGAUGAAGGCAGAGGAUAAAGCCAAGAUCAUGGACACUCUGAGCAUGUUAACCAAGAGCAUCACCAAACUGCAGGAGGAGAUCAAGGGAAUCUCAGGCAGCAGCAACCCGCUACGAGCAGCCAAGAGCAAGGCCGAGGCACAGAAAGAACUGCUAGACGCAGAGCUGGACCUGUAUAAGAAGACCCAGGCCGGGGAGGACACCGCCUCACUCAAGAUCAAGUACACACAGAUGCAGAUAGAGGCGGCUAAAAGAGGGAUCCUGUCCCCAGGACGGGGCCGGGGGGGCCACGCUCGGGGCCGGGGGGCCCUCAGGGCCCGGGGCCGGGGCUCCAGAGGACGGGGGAGGAGCGGACCGCUGCACGCCGUGGUGGACCACAGACCACGAGCGCUGGAGAUUUCUGGUUUUGCUGAUGCAGACCAUGUGGACCUGCUGCCACACUUUGCUCAAUUUGGAGAGAUUGAAGAUUGCCAGAUCCAUGAAAGCAACAUGUCUGCUGUCAUCACUUACAAGUCGAGAGCAGAAGCUGAACAGGCGGCUCUUCAUGGAGUCAGGUUCAACAACCACAUGUUACGUCUGGCCUGGCAUAAGGCCGUCACAACCCUCAGUACUGCUGAUGCUGAUGAGGCAGAACCGGAGGAAGAUGAGUACCAGGAGGAGUCUCUGAGUGAUGAUGCGCUGCUGCAGGAUGAUGAUGAGGAAGACGACGACAACGAGCCUCGCUCCUGGCGCAGAUGAAGAUCAGUCAGAUGUUUCCUGGUUGCACUGGUGUGGAAGACGAGCAACAAAUCCAGCAACUUCAUAAGAUUUCAAUGCCUGUUCAUAAACCAACACGGCACAUUUUACUUUGGCUCGACUUUUUUUUUUUUUUUCUCCUCCCAUCACAAAUGUGUAACCAGCUGAAGAACCUGUGCGAGUUUGAUUAAUUUUAAUGUGUAUACUGAAUGCAUCAAUGGUGAAUUUUUUAAUGCUCUUAAUGUAGAAACAGUUUUUUUCUCCCUUUUUUUUUUUGUUAUUUUGUUUCACAAAAAACAAAUGGUUUGUCUGGACAUGUGACAGCUUUUCACUUAAAGACACCAUGUAAAACUCACAGUUUGAGGAAGAAACCUGUGUUGUAAUUUAACUGAAUGACAGACUGUAGCUUUUGCAGAAUAGUAUUAGGUUGACUGGUUUAAAUGCUCAUGUGUAAAUAUUUUAUGUCUGGGUUUAAAUGAUUUGUAUGAAAGCUUUGCUUCUCAGUUCUUGGCUUUACUUUGGAUUGUACAAAAAAAAUAAAGAAUUGAAAUGGUCUAAAACAUCCUGCCAAAAACAAAAAAAAGAAAAGAGAAAAAAAAGAUCAAAAAAAGGAAAAUGCUGUGGCAGUGAAAAAACAACAUUCCUUAAAAGAGCUGAAAAAGACCAUUUCAAAAAACAAAAAAACCUUCCUCUUCCUCUAAAGAGCAAGUUUCCAACAAAAUUGCUACCUCUUUCUAUUCUCUCUCUCUUUCUCUCUCUCUAAAUUAUUAAUGUUUUUAAUGUUGGAUCGGUAAGGUAAUCUUCUCUAUUGCACUGAUUUCAAUGUCAAGGUAAGAACACGACAGUUUUUAGUUUAGUGUAUUUUUCAGAAAUCCUGACAUUUUAAUUAUUUCCUAGCUGAACAAAAAAGGCACAUUUUCAUAGAAAUAUGUGAUCUAAAUAUAAAUUCAACUAAAAAUAUUUGUUCUUUUUGUUGCAGGAGUCUGCAGUCUCCAUGUACAACUCUUCUGUCUCCAAGAGAUUCAACGCUGUAGAAUUUUGUAUUUAUUGUAACACUUUGUCUUCAAAAGAAGCGCUGCUGUAUCAAAAUACUUUUUAUGGAUUGUAAAUAAAUGUUUCUUGAAUUUUU